AUGGCGGGCGGGGAGGGGCUUCCGUACGGGGUGGCAGAGAGAGGAUGGAGCACAGCAUGGCGGCUGAAGAGGAGAUUCCAGCGCUCGUGCGAGGAUGAGAAGGGACGGAAAAUCUUUCUCCUCCGAAAUGACGAUGCUGAUCGCGUUUUCUCGCUCCUCCCUCCUGGCUCUGCCUUCCUCAGGUCUCAGGCCUCAGCUCGGGCCGGCAUGCCAGUCGUCUUGUCAUACCGGCUGAGGGUGUCUGUACACCACCAUGCUCUCAGCGGAGUCGUUGCUAGGUGGAGGAUGCGGAAGCAGGGACCAGCGUCUUGUGUGCUGGAUGAUAAGUCGCUGAAUCUUGUCGAAAGGAUUAGCGGGAGGUGGCUGGGAGAGUUUGAGAAGUUCCUAGUGGAGGUAGCCUCCUACCGCAACUUCAUCGAUCGCGAUGUCUCUGCGAUCUUCGUGAGGCUCGAGCUCAAGUACCGUGACCUCCUCAUCUGUCGCUGCCGCGCUCAUCAGCUGCUGAUGUGCAAGAUGGAGGAGGAGGAGAUAGAGACGGCUGUGAUCGUGCUCAACUUCGAAGCUUGCUCCAUCGAGCUCCAUGACUCCACACAAACUCACAUCAUCACAAGUCUAGAACAAGCACUCAAUGCGUUUCACGUCCGAAGGAAGCACAAAGCAUCGCCGCUUCUGCUCAAAGCCAACAAGAACGCUGGAUCGAGUAUCAGCAUGAAGGGAGCAGAGUUUGUGGGGAGUUACAACAUUGAAUCAGUUGCAGAAGAACUGAGUCGAGCUAUCAGUGAGAGACAAGACGAGCACAUGCAGGUGUUGCUCAAGGCGAUGCGUGGAUCGAUGGUGCUGCUGGACAAGGCGGGUCAGGUGUUGGACGACAGGAUGCAAGCGAUACUGAGCCAUGUCCUCAUUGACUAUGAGACAGAACGUGACUUGCACACAGACACAAUCGCAGUGCUCAAAGCUCUCUUCGAUCUAGAGCCCGACCUGAUAAACCUGUUUGGACCCAAGUUGAUCGCAAAGCUUGAACUUGCAGCUGACAAUGGCACAAACCUUCAACGUGCGAUGGCGAACAUGGAUUCUUUGCUGCAGCACUCUUUGCCAUCACGCAAAUUCUUCUUGAAGAACGAUCAGUUUCAGUCUUUGAUCUGUAGGUUGCAUCAUCGGUUCAGUCCGGUGAAGGAACUCAAGGCGGAUUAUCUCGACGAGUGGAAUGAUACGGACAGCAGAGACGAAGAGGAGGGUGUGAUAGAUGUCGAGUACCAGCGCAUCGAGGAUGGCGAGGCCGAGGAUAUGAGACAGUGUGUGAAGACGAGAGAGUAUUCGUCAGCAUCUGCCUUGUCCUACAUGUCCAACUCACGGGACCUGGCGUUCAUGUCUCCCAAGUCUUCUUCAGCCCUUCCCAGCCAUCGCUCGCAAAAUGGAGGAGAAGAGUCGACAUCCUCGCCUGCUUGCAUCCCCAAGCUGAAACUUGUUGGCCUGUCAGCGUUGGACUCUCCCAUGAGGUCAAGCACGCGGUCGAGUAGAAGGCAGGUCGCUCUCCCUCACGUUGCGAUUCAUCUCGAUAGUCCGCAGUCUGCUGCAGAUUCAGCCACGCGCAGGAACAGUCAGUUCCCCUCCUUGGACCUGGACAGCAGCCGCCUUGGCGUCUUUGACAGAAGAUCGGCCCUCGAAGAGCUCCAGCUUGUCGCUCAGAAUGUGAGCAGAUACUACAUCGCUGCUGACAUGGCGGCGAUGUCUUCACAGCGACCAGGACACGCCAACGUGUCCCCAGAGAGCUGCAGGGACGAGGAGACUUCAGGCGAUCGGGACAUGGCACAGUCGGAGAGCGCUUCGAAGUCAUCGUACGUAGCUGGGCGGAAGCUGGACAUAUUCUUGGUCAUUCUUCAGCUUCUCAGUGUGAUGAACAUAGAGAGCGACUGGAUCGAGCAGCACGUUAACCUCUUGUUCCUUGAGUUCAGCCACUGCUUCCGUACCUCUUCCCUGCCCGAUUGCCUGCCGGCCCUGUGCGAGGUUCUCAAAGGCUACCAGGCGGUUACAGAGAGAAGGCUCGUGGAGUUGUCAACUCUCUUGGGGUCUUUCAACGACUUGUCAAAGGUCGGGAGCGACUCGCUGACGGCCAUCAACAAGGUCGACCUCUUCGUCUUCCGACUCAGCGAUCAGUUGUCCUGUGCCACUGACUCGCCCAACGUCUUCGGCAGCUCAAGUCUUGCCCUAGCCUUGAAGAUGCUCUCCUCUUACGUCAAUCUUCGCAGCUCACACCUCAUCAAGAUGCACGUGAUCUUUCUGUGCAUGGAGACUUUGCUCAAGGUCAAGUACAUUCUCAUGGCGAACAGUGCGCUGAUAGCUGACUUCAACAUCCUGUACAUCGUUUGCUUUCACACUUGGCUUGAGCUAAUGGAUUCCUUGGUGGUACAACUCUUGGAGGAGAGCUUCCAAUCGUAUUGGUUCUCCAUCAUAUUUGAGGACGAGGUCUUUUGUGAAAUCGUGCAGGAAUACUCCAAGGCCGUUAGCUCAGACGACAUGCUUGGUCUGGACUUCAAAGGCUAUGAAACGUUCUUGUACGCUCAGGGGGACAUUCAUGGAGGCGAUGGCUACAGAGCUGUCGAGGCCUUGAAGGUUCAGGUUUUCAGGCACUACAGCAUCUGCAUGAAGAUCUUGAACGUCAGGUUCGAGAAGAGCAGCCGGUUGAACGAGUUCCUGAGAGCAUCUCAUGAACCGACGCACGAUGAGAACGCCGUCUCGUUUGAUCUGCUGUGCUCGAAGUUUGCGUUCCUCAUAUCAGCCAAGGCAGGCAUCGUGUUGGAGAGUUUGCCAUCCACACCUCGUGGCGAGGAGAUGGCUCUUGUCCGAGAGAUCUUCGCCUUCCUCGUCACCUGCUUCGAGAGCGGUGUGAUGCAAACCUUCAUGCCGAGGAUGCUCAUCGACGACUACGUUGGCUUUCACUUCCUGGGGUUCCUCAGGUUCUCGCAGGUCGUCGGCGAUCGGGUGGCGUCGGAGAUGUCGAGGCUUCACCUCCACGUGCUCAUCCAACUCUCAGGCUCGCAGACUCCCUCCAUCAAGCAGCGGUUUACAGCUCUGCGAGUGGUCAACUGGAUCUCCUUGCAGAUGGAUCUGGAGUACGAGAGCAACGGGCACGUGGGAGUAGACUUGACGUCUGUCGCUGACACUUCGCGAUUCACUCCCAGCGUCAAGAUGUCCAGCUCGAAGAAAGUCAGUCGGAGAACAAGAAACGGCCUGAAAAGUCGAGACAAAGACAAGUCGCUCAGAGGCGGCACAAGAGCUUGUGAUGACUCGCUCGAGAUGCGGCAGCCCGUUGACCCCUCCAUGACCGACGUCGAGAAUGAGAACUGCAACAGCAACAAGAAAUCGUCAAAGAAGAAGUUGAACUUCAACCAGGAGCACUUUAACGACUCCUCAACUCUCCCGAUACACAAACGACCAGCCCCUGAGAGCUUGAAAGAUACGAAGACAAGACAAAACUUGGAAGGCUACAAGUCCGGUUCUACAGGAUCAUCCAUUAACAGAGGUCAGACCUCUGCUUCUCCUAACACAAAGGCGAAUUCAAUAACCAUACUGGGGCUGAAGCUACCAGCCGGGGCGGUGAAGGGAGGGGGGAGCGGGGGGACAGGAGGAGGGGAGGGGAGGAGGGGAGGAGGGAGGGUGGGAGUCAUCGACGGGGUCGGAGAGCGAGGACUCGCUAGGAGACGUGGACAUCGAGGAGUACAAGCGGCUGCGGAGCACGAUCAAGCUGCGGCUAGACGACGACCAGCACGAGCUAGCCGGGGUGCCGGAGGGGGAGGAGAGAGGAGAAGGCGGGCGAGAAGAUCGAGGAGGAGGAGGAGGAGGACGGGGGAGGGAGGAAAGCGAGGGGGAGGAAAGCCGGGAGGCCUAGGGCUGAACUUGGCGGGAGUGUCGGCAGGAGGAGGAGGGGGAGGGAGCGGGGGCGACGAGGUCGGGGAGCGGGAGCCACCGUCAUGGGUGAGGCAGCACAGCAAGGCGAGGGAGGAGGAGGGGGAGGAGGAGGGGGAGGCCGAGGUGGAGGUUGAGUUCGAGAAGGCGACGUUCGGGGGGGAGGAGGACGUAGAGGGGAGGGCGGUGAGGGCAGUACCGAUCCAAGCGGAGCGAGAGCUGGAGAACGCGGGGGCGGUGGAAGGAGCGAUCGUGGUGGUGGAGCGAGGAGGCGUGUCGUUUGUGGAGAAGGCGCGACGAGUGACAGCGGCGGGAGGGAUCGGGAUGAUCGUGAUCAACACAGCGGAGGAGCUGUAUCGAUGCACGGGGGCAGGAGAGGACGUGAAGAUCCCGGUGGUCUGCGUCCGGAAGGGAGGAGGAGAGCAGCUGGAGGACGGGGCGAGCGUGCGGCUACGGGGAGUGAAAUACGGGUCAGGGGUGAUGGUGUUCACCAAAGGAGGGAGGAGGAGGAGGAGCAUCGGAGGGACAGAGGGGAGCAGGUCGGGGCAGGGGCAGCAGGGGAGGGGAGGGCUAGGGCUGAAGCUACCAGCCGGGGCGGUGAAGGGAGGGGGGAGCGGGGGACAGGAGGAGGGGAGGGGAGGAGGGGAGGAGGGAGGGUGGGAGUCAUCGACGGGGUCGGAGAGCGAGGACUCGCUAGGAGACGUGGACAUCGAGGAGUACAAGCGGCUGCGGAGCACGAUCAAGCUGCGGUUGAAUGACAGCGAUCAUGAACUUGCUGGCUCAAGGCACAUGGAGGCGAGGGAGGUUGAGAGCGUUUCAGGUAUCUCGAGGCAUCGCAGCUCUUUGCCCCUCAUUCGGCUGCUCAAGCCUCUUCCUCGCUCUCCCUCGUCUCGUCGCGAUGAGUUCGUCGUUGAGUCUGAGGACUCUGGCGCUUUUUCGCUCUUGUCCAAGUCAGUCGACAGCUCAAACCCCAAGUUUCAGCUGGCCAUGUGCAAGUCCCUUGCUGAUAAGGAAGGAUUUCAAGUGAAAGACAAGGACAAGGACAAGAGCAGGUCGUCGCGUUCACUUCAGCUGGGGCCAGAGGCUUUAUCGAAGAACUCAACAUAUUACCGUGGGAGGGAGACGAGAAUCUUGUACCAAGACUUGGAGUUUCAUUGCAUGGUGCUUGAGCUUGCGCUGAAGCUUCUCAUGUCUUCCGACGGUCCUCUCUUGGACUGGUACCACUUGCAGCAGUUUCCCCUCGAACAUCAUCGCCCGAAUCUCGCGUUCCUCCUUCGGACUCAUCUGAAUCAUCCUGCCAACGAGGAAGUCCUCUCCCUCCUCCUCCCGCGCAUCCUAGCGCUGGGAGAGAAGGGUCAUCGGCUGAUGAAGCUGCUCUGCUCCAAGCUCUUCGACCCCUCCAGGUACAGCAACCGCGACCCCAACAUCCGCUACCGGGGAGCCUUCGGGACGGUCUACAAGGCCUCCCUCACCUCCGAGCCCUUCCAAGUCGCCGUCAAGGUGAUCGAACUGCCCAAGACCAUGACAGACGCUUGUACGUUGCUGGACUUGUACACUGAAGUCGCCAUCAUGGAGGCGCUGCACAAGGAGGCGCGUGUCUGCUACUUGUACGACUAUGGAGUGGAUGCGAACCACUGCUACAUCGUUACGGCCUGGUACUCCAUGUCCUUGAAAGAGUGGAGGACGAGGCAGUGCAAGGACGUCCUCACAGCGCAGACCGUGCUGCUGCUCAGCAUAGGCAGCCGAGUCAUCCAGGCUGUUUGCCGCCUGCACCAUGUUGGGGUCGUUCACUACGACCUCAAGUGCGACAACGUGCUGGUGAUGCCGCUCAAGGGUGAGACUGAGGAGACGAUUGUGAGGCAACGAGGCCCGUCCCCCGACUUUGAGGUGGUGCUGGCUGACUUCGGUGAGAGCAAACUCUUCUCCGCCCACCAAGACGCCUGCACCGUCCGCAACCGAGGCACCGAGUACAACAAGAGCCCCGAGAUGCUGACGGUCGCCAACGCCUCGAGGAAAGAGAAGGCGAGCUAUGACCGCAGGAAGAAAGGAGGAGCAGGAAAGCCCUCCGACGUCUGGGGCCUCGCGUGUCUGCUGUACGAGCUCUUGACUGGAGAGUUUCUCUUCUACGACGAGGAUUGGAUCCGUUUCUUCAUACGGGUGACGGGGAGCAGCACUGAGGACCUGCUCCCCUCGGACAGGCUCGCUCCUCUCCAGCAGCUGCCUCAGGGCCACCUCCUCGUUGACUUCUUCAAGGCGAUCCUGAUCCGCGACCCCAACCUCCGCCCGUCCGUCCUGGAGGUUCAGCAGCGAUGGGAAUCCGUCUGUGCGAGCAUGUCAGUGAGGCUGUCGGUGGAGGACCUCAGCCCGUCUAGUUCGCACGUGCUGGACUUGACGGCCAGCAGCGUCGGGCAGAACCUCGUCAACGCCAACGGCUUCCUCUACCGCGAGCGACCGCUGGCCUCUGAGGCAGACCUGCGGCUGCGCGGGAAGGCGAGGCCGGAGGAGGUGGAGAUGGUGGACGGGAAACGCGUCAGCUCCUUUCGCGACCUCGGCGUCGGGUACCUCCUCGACUGCACCGGCAGCGGCGCGAGCGAGCAUGGGCUGCCGGGAGUGAGCUGCUACCACUCGGCGCUGCCGUCGCUCUUGUCGGGGAGGGAGACCAGCGGGGGGCAGGGGAAGGAGGUGGAGGUGAUGCCUGGCAUCUCAGGCGACUUGCCCAUCGCAUACCUGGCGAGCGACCUCAAGAUGGUCGAGAUGGCGCGGCGGGAGGGGCUCGCGGUCCUCAUCUUCGACGAGGCCGGUGGCGGAGUCUGCGCCGCCUGCGUCGCCAUUGCGUGGCUGAUGCAGGCGGAGAGGCUGCCGCUGAUGCAGGCGUACCUGCACGUGAAGGAGAGGAUCCCCUUCCUCGACCUCCCCGUCCCCUUCAUACACUUGCUGGGCUCUUGGAGGCUCGUCAUCAUCGACAGGCAGCGGCACGAGGAUCAGGAGGCUCCUCGCUUCGAGAACCUGACUGGCUCGCUUCACACCCCCCGCCAGCUCUCCUCCAGCAGACUGUACUCGCGACCUGCGAAAGCGAGGCUGAUGGGAAGGCCGCAAGAGCAGGUGAAGACGCUGCGAACCCCGUCCUUCGACUUCGUUCCCCUCAAGCACGGCACCGGCAUUCGGGCCGACGCCUCCUUCAGAGCAGGAGAGAUCAUCGAGAGGGUGAGGAGAGAGAUGGCAGGCGAGGAGCUGCAGCUGCUCCAUCAAGGAGUUGAGGACGAGUGGGCGUUCCAGCUGGGAAGGUCGCUGGGGGAUCGCGGGUCACGGGUGAGGGCGCUGGACUUGAGCAGCAACCGCAUCGGGCAAGUAGGAUGCGACGGGAUCGCCGAAGGCUUGUCGAGGAACAGCAGCCUGCAGGAGCUGAACCUGUCGCACAACCUCAUCGACCUGGUGGCGUUGGAAGUUUUGAAUCUCAGCUACAACAAAUUCUCCGCCUCCCACGACCGACCGGCUAGCAGCCCUCGCACUUGUAUCCUCUGCCGCAUCAAGUAG